AUGCUGGACGAACUGUUGGCUGAUGUAGGCUCCGGUGAGACAUGGCACGUUGCCACAAGUGAGGAAGAGCAGAUCGCCAGUCUGUUACAGUCUGCAAAAUCGGCUCUUGCGGAUGCGUCCCAGGGGCAGUUGACCGGCGAAGAGCAGACGUCGCAGGGUGAUUCCGAAGCCAGGAUCCCCGCCAUUGAUAUAUCUUUCUUUCAGCCAGAACCGGAAGAGGAAGAGAAAUGGGGCCGAGACGAAGGAUCAAGUGGAGCUCCUCUGAAAUCCAGGAUUGCACUUGAUGGAGAAGCCGAAGAACUGCUCGAGAAGAUCCUUGAUGAAGUUAGACACGAGCCUCCGGACCCAGACAUAACGCAGUCAGAGACUGAACAGGACGUCCAUCCACCGGAAGCUGACCCGUCAUCAAAGUUUUCUGCUGAGCCGACGUCGUCCAUUUCAGAUCUUCCAUCCACACCGUCGAAAUUACCAGAACCGGUUGAGCCGAAGGCGGAAUCCAACAUUGAUGAGGAUCUGGUCUCACGUUUCGCCGGGCUGUCCCUCCCGUCGGUUCCGACUACCAUACAGUCGGUAACGGCGGGCAAGCCGAGUGCAAAGACUAACGUCGGUUGUACUGACGAGGAAAUUGACACAUGGUGCAUUAUUUGCAACGACGACGCCACACUACGAUGCAUGGGUUGUGAUGGAGAUCUCUAUUGCACUAAUUGCUGGAUGGAGGGACACCGAGGCGAGGAUGCAGGACUCGAGGAGCGAAGCCACAAGGCUAUUCAGUAUGUUAAGGGUGGCGCGAAAACCAAAGCCCGCAGAAGAAAAGCCAUGCUGGGUUCGUGA